CGUGUGUGUAGCUACGAGAGAAAAAGCUUGGACUGAUUCAAAAAACUCUGGCCAAUCCCGAGUCACAUGACUCAACAACCGGCAGCGAUAGAGAGCGCAAAAGGGACGCAGAGCCUCGGUGUACACAAUCCUGCACACCACCAAUCCACCACCGCUAUACGCCCAAUUUCUUUUUAAUUGAAACCUUUUACUCCCGCUCGCAGGCAGUGCUGCAGGGCCAUUAGGAUGACUGGGAAGACCCAGACCAGCAACGUGACCAACAAGAAUGACCCGCGGUCCCUCAACUCCCGCGUCUUCAUCGGCAACCUCAACACAGCCGUGGUGACCAAGGCCGACAUCGAGGCCAUCUUUGCCAAGUACGGGAAAAUCGUGGGCUGCUCGGUGCACAAGGGCUACGCCUUCGUUCAGUACGCCAGCGAGAGGAACGCCAGGGCAGCCGUGGCCGGAGAGAACGCCAGGGUCAUCGCCGGACAAUCACUAGAUAUCAACAUGGCAGGAGAGCCAAAACCAUACAGGCCUAAGAUGGGCUCCAAGAGGCCUCUCUCGUCGCUCUACAGUGGCUACGAGUUUGACUAUGACUACUAUAGAGACGAUUUCUACAGCAGACUCUUUGAGUACCACGGUCGUGUCGUACCCCCGACCCGGGCUGUGAUCCCCAUCAAACGCUCGCGACUAGUUGUCCCGUCCACGCGCAGAGUCAAAUCCUCCUUUCCAGUCAGAGCUUGCUCCUCCUCUUCCUCCUCCUCCUCGUCCUCCUCCCGAGCGCUCAAUACCAGCUCUUCCAUCACGGGCCCUAAACUGAAGACAGACCAGCUCCUAACAAUCAAAAAGGAGCUGUCACAGAUCAAGACCAAGAUCGACUCACUGCUGGGAAGGCUGGAGAAGAUUGAGCGGCAACAUCGCUCUGAUGCUGAGAUGCAGAGGAAACAAGAAGAGGUGUGUGAAUGUCUCCAUGGUGAUGCGGCAGACCACUCUGGUGAGGAGGAAGUGGAGGGGACAGCCGAGGUGGAGGCGGGGGAGAUGACGGACGGCGGCGAGGACGACUUUGAAGAUGAAGGCACCGGUGACAUGAUAGAGAACCACAUAUCAGACAUCGACAACUGAGUAAGUUAGGAGAAAGGAAACCUACAGUACAUGAAGUUGGGAGAACAGAUACCAGCAAAACCUUCUUGAUCAAGAGGGUGUAUUUGAAAUUAAAGGAAAGCAAUGACAGCAGAAGGAGGAGUUUUUCAAACUUGUUUGUUGCUUGUUUGCCUCAUUAGAACACAACACUCCUGAUGUGUACUUCAUCAAAAACGCUGGUUAUGAAUACUCUCCAAACUACUGCAAGAUCAACUGCAAAGAGCAAUCGAUAAUUUCCCUUCAAACUGAUUGCCUUUCUGAAAAAUAAGGGCAAUACAGUAUAUUGUGUGCUUAAUAUAUUAUGGUCUGUAUUGUGCAUAAAAAUAGAAUGAUGUGAUCAAUCAGACGAACCAUGAGAUGCCCUCCUUUGUUGUACUGCAAAUGUAUGUUUGUUCCGUUUCUGUGCAUUGAAAACUGUGACGAGCCACAAACGCUGGCAGAGAGCUAAAAAUGAAUGUAUGAGGAACACAUUUUCUUUGACAUAUAAUAAUUAUGUGAUUUGCUUUAUUUGUACAUUUUGCUGAAAUUUAUGAAAUGUAAUUUAUUCACGGUGUCUCCACACAGUAUUGUAUGCAUAUCAUGUUCUAUCAUUUGUUAUACAUAAUAAGAUGCAUUUUAAAAUUCUGUUUACAUUCUGUUUAUGGUAAUCAAAAGAUGACUAUUUUUUACUAUCAGCAUGUUAAAAAUGUGGCUAUUAUGGAUCAUUUGUAUUCAUUGCAUUUGUUACCGCUAUGGAUGAUAACAGUUUUUGAAAUAAACCCGUUCCUCCC